AUGACGAAAAACGAACCUCAAUACUGGCUACUGAAGGUUGAACCAAGCGAUUAUCCGUGGUCAAAAAUGGAAACCGAUGGAAAGACUACCUGGAAUGGCAUUCACAAUCAUCAAGCCCAGAACUUUUUGAAAGCAAUGAAAUGCGGAGAUUUAGCAUUCUACUAUCAUACCGAGAAGGAAAAGGCAAUUGUUGGCAUUGUGAAAAUCGUUAAGGAAUUUUAUCACAAUGACGAUCCAAAGUUUGGUGAAGUUGAUGUCGAAUCGGUUCGUCGGCUCAAAAAUCCAGUCACAUUGAAAACGCUCAAGGAAUCGCCCGAUCUUCAGUCGCUAACCAUUUUGAAGCAACCAAGACUUUCGGUUUCUUCGAUAACGCCAGCACAGUGGGGCUCCAUAUUAGAAUUGAGCGAAGUGUCCGAUGAAUAA